AUGAAUCAAACGAUUCAAACGAAUCAAACAAACAAUGGUCCACUUGCUACGUCUCAGGUACAAAGCUCAAGUCAAAAUAUUAAUUCAACGCAGCCAGGUCCUGGAAUAACAUCACAAGUAUCAAAUCAGUUAACAAAUCCAAAUAGAACUCUGGCGAAUUCAAGUUUUUUACCACAGCAAACUAUGAAUUUAAAUCAGACAAAUGGUUUUGGUUCAGCUGCACAGUUACAGCUCGUCCCUGCCGGACGUGCUUACGGGCAGCAAGCUUAUGAACCAGUGCACAAAUGCUAUCCCUGCGGACACGUCCAUUCUUGCCAAGAUUGUAAUCGCGUAUUACUUUUUCGCCAAGCCUUAGGGCCACAGGAAACGAAAUACUUUGAACCAGUGAUCUUAAGCAAUUCCAAGUCAGUUGCUAGAAAAUAUCGCAGGAUGGAAAUAGAACCUUACUUUCGCAGAAACGUACCCAAGAAUGUGGGAAUUUCACAAGAUGAAAUUCUUGAACGUACUCUUGCUAACCCAAGUCUCAGCAUUAUAGAUAUUGUAAAUCAGAUCGCUGUUGAAAAUGAUGAAGCUCGUGAGAGGGCCUUACUAGCAGGAGAUUCCAUGUACCAUAGCAUGCGAAAAAAUAAAUAUCAAGAUGGUGCAAAUAUUUAUGAUGAAGGGCCAAGUAUUUUAGCACAACAAGGAAAUAACAAUAUUUUGCCGUCGGCUCUUAAUGAAAUUGCUGCGCAACCAUCACAAAAUUUAUUUGUUAAUCAGACAAGUGAGGUAGCGACGACUUCCUCGUCAGCUCAACAAUCCACCGCUCAAGAACUAACUGCUGGUUCUCAGACAUCUGCUACAACGCAAUCGACUACCUCUGGAGCACAUUUCACGCGUAUUGAUCCCUCAUUGGGUUUUAAAAAAGCUACUAUUAAAUAUGCUUUACCCAAAAAACCUGACACUGGUAAUAAGCCACGGCCUAAUCCCGUAACGCCGAAUCUGAAAAUUAAUGGUGGAGGGGUUUUCUCAGAAAUGUCUAUUUUUUUUAAAAAACUGUGGGGAUGGUAUUAG